UUGGAUGAAGGCGAUAUAGCGAUUCUGAAGUCUUACGGCCAAGGACCUUAUCACCUGCAGAUCAAGAAGACUGAAGAUGAUAUUCAAAAAUGUUUGAAACUUGUCAACGAACUUACCGGAAUCAAAGAAUCUGACACGGGCUUAGCCCCAGCUGCGCUCUGGGACUUGGCAGCGGACAAGCAGACUUUGCAACAGGAACAGCCGUUACAGGUUGCCCGCUGCACCAAGAUCAUACAGUGUGAAAAUGAAGAGCCUCGCUACAUCAUCAAUGUCAAGCAGUUCGCGAAGUUCGUCGUUGAUUUGGCUGAUCAGGUGGCUCCGACGGACAUUGAGGAAGGAAUGCGAGUCGGGGUAGAUCGUAACAAGUACCAGAUACAUUUGCCAUUGCCACCGAAGAUCGAUGCCUCCGUCACCAUGAUGCAGGUAGGUGAUUUACCUGCGGAUAUUGAUCAUAAGUCAAGAGUAUUAUUUCUAUACGAAUCGGCAAAAAAUUUUUGCCGGAUAUGGUUUUCGUUUUGAAA